AUGUGGAGGAGCCACGCACCCCUACCUCAGCGUCUGUACAAGCACCACAGGAUCCACUGCCGCGUGUCUCGGCUGUCACAUCGAUGGCGCGGACGUCGAGACAGCCUCGGAACCCUAGCCUACGCCCCUAUAAAGAAGGAGUCGCGCGCGCCCCUGCUCCAUUCCCAGCCGCCGCCAUCUCCUUCCCCAGCAGAACCGCUCGCCGCCUCCGCGCCCACGACGACGCUCGGUGCUCCACCGAGCCGCGCCACCACCGGCCUCACCCUGCUGCUGCCCGUCGAGCCGAGCCCCGAACCGCGCCAUGGAGCUACGGCCACGCCCCACCUCGACCGCGCCGGUGUCGACAGCAAGCCCCGCGGCGUCGUGCGUCCUCGCCAAGACCCCACCGAGCUCAUCCUCUACCUCGUCGUGCAGCUGAACCACCACGACGACGUCGUGCCCUUGUUCGUCCCCAUCCUCACCACGGCCAACCUCGACGCCCCGGCCUGCCUCUACGUCGAGCCUCACCACCGAGCCGACCGCGGCUCCGAGCUCGCCGCGAUCACCACUCUGUCCGUGAACUGCGACAUCGCCCGAGCCCUUGGCCGCGUGCUCGCCGCGGUCACCACACCAGCAGCAUCGUGGCAACUACAACAUCGCCGACGACCAAGCCACCGAGCAACAGCAACAUCGGCCGCGACCCCGACGGAGCUCCUCGUCACGCCCCCUGCUUCAGGCCACGAGCUCCCUCCUCGGCGUCGAGCCUUCCGCACCGAGCAGGAGCCCAGCACACCCACGACGUCGAGCGCCUCCUCCUCUGCUCUGAUCCCAGCGCCCGUAGCCACAACGACCCCGACGUCGGCCGCCCUUGCUGCGGUCACGCCCUCGGAGCCUGUGGACGCCCUGACGUCGAGUUCGCCAAGCGCCAAGCCCUGCACCGCGAGCUCCUCGUCCACGACGCCGUGCUGUCCACGUCACCAAGGACCACCCUUACGGCCGCGACAUCAAGCCGCGCCCCCACCAGUUCCCCUCGCCGAUGCCGUCCACGUCCACGUCCUCGCCUUGCCGCGGUCACCACCAUGCAUGCCGAGCUGUUCCAGAGCUGCGCCACCACGACCAGUACCUCGACGCGCCCUCGCCAAGCCUGCCCCUGCCGUCGGGAAGCAUUGGUCCCGUUGUGCUUUUGCCGAAGAUGUGAUGCCUUCUCGCUGCCUGCUGCCUCCAGCCGAGUCACAGCAAGCAGAAGCCAGCCAAGAGCAGUAG